UCUGUCGGUGUGUGCUCGUGCAUGCGUGUAUGCGUGCAUGUCGACAUCACCAGGUUCGCAGGCAGAACAAGGCGCGUCUGGCAGCAUACAUCGAAGGGAUAUCAGGGGUCAAGGUGAGCAUCGACGCCAUGUUCGAUGUGCAAGUGAAGCGCAUCCACGAGUACAAGCGCCAACUUCUCAACGUCAUGGGCAUCAUCCACCGCUACGACUGCAUCAAG